UGAGAUUUCCUUUUCAUGCCAGACUGUCUCAGCACUCAGAUAUGUGGUCCGCUCCACACGAGCAUCUCUAAAGACCGGUGUCUGCUUCCAUCUGCUGGCUGGAGAACUGAACAUCACCAGGCCUUUACAGGUGAUCGAGCAGAGCAUCAGCAGUAGCUGAAAACGUCUCCAUCACGUUGCCCUUCAACCAUGGAUCAAAGUCAAAAUUUAACCAAAAAUGAGAAUAUCCCAUCUUCAGGAAAACAGAAAAACAAAUGUUGUGAUGGAUUCAAGAUGUUUUUGGUAGCUCUGUCACUCAGCUACAUUUGUAAGGCCUUAGGUGGGAUCAUUAUGAAAAGUUCCAUCACUCAAAUAGAAAGGAGAUUUGACAUUUCUUCUUCCAUGGCUGGUUUAAUUGAUGGAGGCUUUGAAAUGGGAAAUUUGCUUAUUAUUGUAUUUGUAAGUUACUUUGGCUCCAAAUUACACAGACCAAAGAUAAUUGGAAUUGGUUGUUUCGUUAUGGGAAUUGGAAGCAUUCUGACGGCGUUGCCACAUUUCUUCAUGGGAUAUUACAGGUACUCCACAAAAAGCCUGGCUAGUUCAUUAGAGAACUCAACCUUGACCUGCGCGGCCAACCAAACCUCAUUACUCCCUGGAGCAUCACUUGAGAUAGGGGAGAAAGAUUGUGAGAAGGAAUCCAAGUCAUUUAUGUGGAUCUAUGUGCUGAUGGGUAACAUGCUCCGUGGAAUAGGAGAAACUCCUAUAGUGCCGCUGGGAGUUUCUUAUAUUGACGAUUUUGCUAAAAAUGGACAAUCAUCUAUGUACUUAGGUACUUUGAGUUCCGUGGCGAUGAUUGGUCCGAUCCUCGGCUUUACCAUGUCAUCUCUGUUUGCGAAAAUAUACGUGGACGUCGGAUUCGUCGAUCUGAGCACUAUUCGAAUAACUCCUAAGGACUCUCGCUGGGUUGGUGCUUGGUGGCUUAGUUUCCUUGUGUCUGGACUAUUAUGUAUUAUUUCUUCCAUACCAUUCUUUUUUCUACCCAAAAAUCCAUAUAAACCAAAGAAGGAAAGAAAAGCUUCAACCUCUCUUCAAGUGUUCCAAACAAAUGAAGAAAAGGAUCAAAUAUCUAAUUUGACCAAGCAUGGGCAACAUGCUUCUGCUAUUCAUAUGACUGGUUUCCUACAGUCCGUGAAAAACAUCAUAACCAACCACCUCUAUGUCCUAUACUUGGUUUUGACAUUACUACAACUCAGCAACUAUAUUGGUUCCUUCACUUAUGUCUUCAAAUUUGUCGAGCAACAGUAUGGCCAGUCAGCAUUUGAAGCUAACUUCUUAUUGGGAGUCAUCACCCUACCUACCAUGGCAACUGGAAUGUUUUUAGGAGGAUAUAUCAUCAAAAAAUACAAAUUCAGCUUGGUUGGAAUUGGCAAAUAUGCAUUUUUUACUAGCUUCAUGUCCUUUGUUUCUCAGCUAUUAUAUUUUGCCCUGAUCUGUGAAAAUAAAUCAGUUGCUGGUCUAACCUUAACUUAUGAUGGAAUCAACCCAAUGAAACCUCAUACUGAGGUACCACUUUCCUACUGCAACUCAGACUGCAAUUGUGAUGGGAAGGAAUGGGAGCCAGUCUGUGGGGACAAUGGAAUAACUUACAUUUCACCUUGUCUAGCAGGGUGCAAAUAUUUGACCGGCAAUAAAGUGCCUAAUAAUACAGUCUUCUAUGAGUGUAGCUGUGUGGAGCCACCUGCUUCCAAGACGGGCAAUUACUCAGCCCGUUUGGGUGAAUGCCCAAGAGAUAAUGAUUGUAAAAAGAAACAUUACGUUUAUAUAAUUGUACAAGUCCUGAAUUCUUUUUCUAUUUCAAUGGGAAGUACCUCACUCAUCUUGCUGCUUGUGAAAAAUGUUCGACCGGAAUUAAAAUCGCUCGCAAUGGGUUUACACUCACUGGUUAUACGAACACUAGGCGGGAUUCUCACACCGAUCUAUUAUGGGGCUCUAAUUGACAAAACAUGUCUCAAGUGGUCUUUCACCAGCUGUGGGAAACGAGGGGCUUGUAGAAUAUAUAGUUCUGAACUAUUUGGAAAGACCUACUUGACCUUGAACACAUCUUUAAAGUUUUCCUCGCUUGUUUUAUAUAUUGUAUUUAUUUACGCCAUGAAGAGAAAAUACGAAGGGAAAAAUGCCAAGGCACUGGAAGAUGGGGGGAAAACAACAGAAGCAAACCUGGACUCUGUAAAUAAUAACGGGCGCUGUGUUUCUCCUGCUGGAGUAGAUAGUGAGACACACAUGUGAGGCUGAAGAGAGACUCUUGCUGCCGUGUUCCCCGACAGCACCGUAUGACGAACUCCUGGUCCUUCUUCUAAGAAAUCCCAAUUCUCCCCACGAUGGACAGUGAGUGAGUCUGCGAACUUACAAUGAAACAAACCACAAAUGAGAAGGAUUGGGAAGUUCUGGGAAUGGCGAGGGUCUGGUCAGGCAUCUGUCUGUGGUUAAGAUACUCUCCCUGCAAAUUUCAAGUGAGAAGGCUGGUUAGCAUCCACCAGCAGGAAAAGGACUGCUCUAAGUAAUCACGGCCUAAUAAAGCCGUUGACUACAAAGUGAAUGAAAGGGGACAAGGAGGAGAGAAACGGAGUGGCUGAUGUUGCUCAAGCCUGAAGCUUCGCCUGAAGGAAGAUUUUUAUGGCCCUUGUCCUCAGGUAUUUGUGUUAAUCUUGUUUCACAGACUUGUUAAAAUUGUGUUUAACAAUGCAUGUAGUUUAUUCCCCCUAUGCAAGUAAAAUAUUGAAAAAUCAGAGAGAUUGAAAAAUUACAAGCUGUGAUUAUCAGAAAGCAUACUAUAUCCAAUGUGCUUCUAACAGAUUCAUGGAAAUGGAUUUAAAAAAAAAAAAAAA